AUGGGAAGAACACCAUGCUGUGAUAAGGCAAACGUGAAGAAGGGGCCAUGGUCGCCUGAAGAGGAUGCAAAGCUCAAGGCUUACAUAGAGAAGUAUGGAACAGGUGGAAAUUGGAUUGCUCUUCCACAGAAGAUCGGUAUGAAGAGAUGUGGGAAGAGCUGCCGCCUCCGGUGGCUGAACUAUCUUCAGCCGAACCUGAAGCAUGGCGGCUUCUCGGAGGAGGAGGAUAACAUCAUUUGUAGCCUCUACGUAACAAUUGGAAGCAGGUGGUCUUUUAUUGCCUCCCAUCUGCCCGGAAGAACAGAUAAUGACAUCAAGAACCACUGGAACACAAGAUUAAAGAAGAAGCUUUUGGGCAAGUCCCGUAAAGAUCACCAGAAACAAACUCGCCGCAUUCCCAAGCUACUGGAACCCAAAAACAUAGAAGAAACAAAUGAUUUCUACAGCAUACAGAAUCCAGCUGCUUUGCCAUCCAACCCCGAAACAGACAGCCAAGCUUCAAUUAAAAAACUUCUAAUGAAGCUUGGAGGCAGAAUUUCCAGUGAUGAAGCUGAAAUUCCUCCUUUGAUUAAUGCACCAGAUCAAAAUAAUCUAUAUGGGAAUACCAAUGCAUGCCUCAUGGCUUCUUCAGCUCAGCUCAGCUCCUACAACGAAUGCCUCUCCACAAACCUCAACGACAUAUUUGCUUCCAAUGAAGUGAAAUUGGAAGGAUUUGAAGAUUAUUCUCUGUAUGGAAUGACGUCGUCGACAACCAUGGCAGAGGAGAUUACAGGAUUGAUUGGAAUGCCUGAGGCUCUAACCUGGAAUACUAGUGAUGUAAGCUCUUUGAUUUAUCCUUCCAUGGCUUCUACCGCUGUGAACUAUCAAGGUUCAAUGCAGCACUUCUCUGGUGCUGGUGGUGGCAUUGAGGUUUUGGCUACUAGCGUUAUUGCUGUUGAUAUUGAUACUGUGUCUGAUAUUGAGCCUGUCGUGGGGGCUUAG